ACCCCUGGAGAAAUCAAAAGACCCUAACUUUUACAAAACAGUAGACCGCGGGAAGACAAAAAUAAGUCAAUAAGCGGUCCGUCUGAACCGGACCGCAACCCCACUGUCUGAAGAAUCUGGACCUUCAGCUGAGGCCUUCAAUGGAAUCGUCCAAAGCAGCAAACUGGAAGCACUCGUUUCUCUAUCUGGGUUUUCUCUACUCACUUCUCUGCUUCCUCCACAACCAAAUCUCUCACAAUUUACUCAUAGGCCAUCGGCCUGUGAGAGUUAAGAAGACCAGCCCAGAUCUUCCCCUUCGCUUCCGCUCUGAUGGCACCUUCAAAAUCCUGCAGGUGGCUGAUAUGCAUUAUGGAAAUGGAGCCUUGACUCGCUGCAGAGACGUUUUGGACUCUGAGUUUGAGCACUGCUCUGAUCUCAAUACGUCUCGCUUCUUGAAGAGGAUGAUCGAAGCUGAAAAGCCUGAUUUCAUUGCUUUUACAGGAGAUAAUAUAUUUGGGUCAAGCUCUGUUGAUGCUGCUGAAUCCUUGCUUAGAGCAUUUGGUCCUGCCAUUGAAUCAGGACUUCCAUGGGCAGCAAUUUUAGGCAACCACGACCAAGAAUCUACGAUGAAUCGUGAAGAACUGAUGUCUUUUAUCUCCCUUAUGGAUUAUUCAGUUUCUCAAAUUAAUCCAUCAGCUGAAGAUCUCUCAAAUCUUGCCAGAGGAAGCAGGAAAAAAAUUGAUGGCUUUGGAAAUUAUGAUCUGAGAGUAUAUGGUGCCCCAGGUUCCCAUUUGGCAAACAGCAGCAUCCUCAAUCUUUUCUUUCUUGACAGUGGAGACAGGGAGACGGUUCAAGGAGUUCGAACUUAUGGUUGGAUUAAGGAAUCUCAACUCGAUUGGCUUCAUGGCAUUUCUCAGGGAUAUCAGGAUAAACCACUGGCGCUUGCAUUCUUCCAUAUCCCAAUUCCAGAGGUCCGGCAGCUGUGGUACAAAAAGAUUGUUGGUCAGUUUCAGGAGGCUGUGGCAUGUUCAUCGGUGAACUCAGGAGUUUUACAGACCCUUGUAUCCAUGCGAGAUGUGAAAGCUGUGUUCAUGGGACAUGAUCAUAACAAUGACUUUUGUGGGGAUCUGGAGAAUAUUUGGUUUUGUUACGGUGGGGGCUUUGGAUACCAUGGUUAUGGAAAGGCAGGGUGGCAAAGGAGAGCAAGGGUCAUAUUGGCAGUACUCGGGAAGGGGGAGAAAGGGUGGACGGGAGUUGAGAGGAUUAAGACAUGGAAGCGUCUCGACGAUGAUAAACUGAGCAAGAUUGAUGAGCAAUUGUUGUGGGAAAAUUAGCCAUCAGUAUAAUUUGGGUGUAGGUAUAUAGAAAUUUUGGAAUAGGCACUGCACUAUGUUGUAUAUCCUCUUUCAGUUUUUUUGCUGUAAAAGUAAUUGUAUUUGUGUUGUAUGAUUAUUUUUGAUCCUGUAAUGUAAGAUUCGGGCUAAAAAGAUGGGAUGAUCAGCAGUGGUUGUGUUGCUCAAUAAUCCCAUAUUUGAAAGAAAAAAAA